GUUAAACAAAAUGAUGGAGCAACUGCAAAAAAAAUACAAAGAUGUCACAUACAGCCCUCUUACUUUGGAUCAAAUUGAACCUGGAAAUAUAUAUGCCUCCAGAUUUGACGACGGAAAUUGGUAUAGGACAACCGUAAUCAAAGUGAUCCAUGACGGAUCCAUAUCGGUAUUUUACUGUGAUUUUGGAUACUACAGCAACCUGACGUUACAACAAUUGUUCCCUCUAGACGUGAAGUUCCUGACGUUACCCUAUCAAGCUUUAAAAGCCAAAAUGUCAGGAAUCAGACCGAAAGACACAAACUGGACAGUCAAACAUUGUGAUAAAUUCAAAGAGAUGGUUGAACGAAAAAACCUCUACUCAUUAAUUUUAAAUAUAGAACAAGACCAACUCUAUGAUUCAGAUUUAGUGCUUGAACUUAUGCUGAUAGAAAGAUCUUCUGAAGAUGACGUCAAUAUAGAUGAGUAUCUCAUCAGUAAAGGGAUCGCAGUUAAAGCUUAAUUCCCCUAAGCUCACAUGGUUUUUAGUAUUUAAGUGAAUACACCGUUUUAAAAAACUAUGCAUUCGUUUGCUAACCUUACUUUUUUUUUUAUUGAUGUAUUGCCAGAUUCCAGUAAAAGCCUAAAAAGGUAUCCAUCGAAAUCUGGCAAGCAGCCAGAGGUGGGCGGAAAUCUUUUUUAGACAUACACGGGGUGUCCCAUAAUUAAUUGGACAUUAGCUAAUUGGUGAUAGAAGACAUCAAAAUAUUAAGAUUUAACCAAAAUCGCUUGAUUAAAACAUGGCUCCUUACAGGGUGUUUUAUUUAAAAAUUUAAAAACUAUUUUUGCUCAGUAUUUUAAAACUGUUCGACGUAUCCUCUUCAUACGAAAUAUCCUUUUUCGAAAUAUGUAUUUGAAAUUAAAAAUUAACCGGCACAAUACAUUAAUUAAAAUAUAUGUGCCGUUUAACUUCAAAUAUCUCGAAAACUAUUGACUUUAUCGUUACGAGUGAAGAGUACGUUAUUUACAUAGAGAGUAUUGGGGAAAUCGAAGAAUGACGGUAAUAUGGCAAUUCCGCAAAUGGCGUAGAAUUUGGAAAGGGUCAGCCAUUCGCUGUCCCCUAUCGUAUGCCACUGGUAGUAGCUAGAAAAGUUUAUCAUAAUUUCAUAGGGUGUAUAAUGUGUAAAAUAGUGAGCAAGAAUAGUUAAAAUUCUUAAAUAAAACACCCUGUGACUGUAAGGAGCGAUUGUGGUUAAAUCUUAAUAUUUUGAUGUCUUCUAUCACCCAUUAGCUAAUGUCUAAUUAAUUAUGGGACACCCUGUAUAAUGUCACGGAACAAGACGUAGUGCCGGAUUAACCGUAUUCCG